AGUAAAUCACCUAUAAUUUUUUCUUUUUUAAUUAUUUGUUUUUUUAUUUAUUUUUCACGGUCGCUAAUUUCAGUAACGAAAUAUCGUAAGUCUGCUACUCCGCUGAAUGCUUCUUGAUCGGUGUUCGCGAUAGGUUAGGUAGCAGACGACUAGUGAGAACGCAACCGACCGCUGAUCGAACGCAUCAGUUCGUCGACUUCAUCGAGAUGUCAUCGAGACGGGACGAAAGAAAACACAAACACACGUCAAAAUGGCAUGAAGAAAAUCCUGCUGUUCGUUGACAAUUAAUUGUAACAGAUUAUGGUAAAAGACCAUGAGUCAUGGAGCAUCAUGUCUCCCACAGGCGCACCGGCUCUACCACCUCGUAAACUAUCACAAACCAAUCGCCCCCAAUCUGUCGAACCAAUUGCAACCAAACUGCUAAAUCCAUUACUGGAACCCAGUUGCAUAGAAGAAGCAGAAUGGUAUUGGGGCGACAUAACCAGAGAUGAUGUACAGGAAAAACUUACUGACACGCCUGAUGGUACGUUUUUGGUUCGAAAUGCAUCAAACAAGGCUGGAGAGUACACAUUGACAUUAAGGAAAGGAGGAACCAAUAAAUUAAUAAAAAUAUAUCACAAAAAUGAAAAAUUCGGUUUUUCGGAACCUUACAAUUUUUCUUCUGUCAUUGAUCUUGUGAAUCAUUAUCGUAAAGUUUCGUUGUCACAAUAUAAUGCAACAUUAGAUGUAAAAUUAUUGUACCCUGUGUCCAGAUUUCAACAAGAUGAGGAGUUCGGUACUUGGAAAAGUUUAAAUGUAGACGUUGUAUGGAUGCGUUUGAUCGAAGUGCUUAAAGAUAUUUUGAAGAAAUCUAUUUCAUAUGAAGAAUUGUCUAAAGAAUUUCAGUCUAUAACGGCCGAUAUAUUGGUGAUGCGUAUGGGACUGCAACAGUACCAGGAAGUAAAUAGAAUGUUUGAAGAUCAGCUAAGAGUACAUGAUAAAUUUCUUAAAAAAGCUGAACGCCAUGAAGCUGAUAAUCUAGUUAAAAAUAUUGAAAUAGUAAAAAAACGAAUUAAGUUACUGCUAGAAGGCAAAGCGGCACUUGAGGAGAAAUUAUUCUUUCAAGUGGACUAUAGUCAGACAUUGGAGCGGCAAAUGUAUAAAUUAAAAUCAGAAGGUGCAAUACUUACACGUCAAAAAGAUAAAUCAGUUCGGUGGUUAUUAACACAUGGUGUGGCUUAUGAAGCAAUUCAUCGAGUGUUGAACGGCACUGAUUGGAAUACUUGUAAGCCUGAAGAUAUUCAACUGGCCCAGAACCUUUCUCAUUUAGAUGAGAGUACUUGGCUGCUACAAUCCUGUUCACGCGCAGAUGCUGAGCGCAUGUUAAAUGGCAAGCGCAAUGGAACAUUUUUGAUACGACCCAGUCGUACAGGACAAUCAGCAUUAUCUAUAGUUUGCAAUGGAGUUGUAAAUCAUUGUAUAGUGUACAGAACUCCAAAAGGAUUUGGAUUUGCUGAACCUUACAAUAUAUAUUCUUCUCUAAAAGAUCUAGUCAUGCAUUAUUCUCAAACUUCCUUAGAAGAACAUAAUGAUUCUUUGACAAUUACAUUAGCUUACCCCGUGUUAGCUGAUAAUGACAAAAAAUAAAACGAGUAGUAUAUUACCAGCAUCAACAGGCACAUAAUGUUUAUGCAAUUUGGUGAUUCAAUUGUUGUGAUAAUAAUUACCUUUUAAAUGUUAAUUAUUUACUAGUAUUAACGAGUUAUUUAAUAAGGAGCAAUAUUUUUUGUAUAAGUGUGCAUUUAUUAAGACAUAUUAUUGAUGAAAUUAUAUUUUAACUUGUUUAUAUUUAUUAUACCAAUACCAACUUGUUUUCUUUUGUGUCCAAAUUUUUAUGUAAAAAUUAUUUGUGUAUAGUAUAUAUAAAAUUAUGUUAAAAGUAUUAUUAAUUUAUUUAUACAUUUUAACAAAUUAUUUUUUGUUAAAAAAUAUGUUUUUUUAUUUUAUUUCCACCAAGUGAGAACAUUUAUUAUCAUAGACAUAUAUAACUAUUAACAAGAGUGAUUUUUAGCUUUGUACUAUUAAUUUUAAUGUUAAAAGCAUAUUUGUGAUAAGUAUAUUAUAUUGUUUCUACUGUUUA